AGUGCACUAUCAUGGCGCAAGAGAGGAAGCGACGGUUGAAGGAAUUGCUCCCAUUUGAGGCAUUGGAAGCGCCCAAGUGGCGCAAAACGAAAGACGUUCCGGUCAAAGAGAUGGUAGCAAAAAUAAUAGAGUAUAGUAAGGAAUGGGAAGGACAAAAAAAGGAUAAUUAUGAAUCUGAUUUGAUCGAACAAGUCCGCCAAGACUUCCUCGUUGAGUUUAUAUUUCACGUGAACAUGGAGGAGGAAAAAGGCUUUUCAACCUACGAGGAAACGGAUGACUUUCUCAAGAACUGUCACGAUAAAGGUAUCACCUCAAAGAGCGAGCAGGAGACUCUAAACGUGAAAAAAGCAUACGAACACUUGCUGGAUAAAAUUAAAAGAGAAGAACUACCCAGCGAUUAUGGACUCAUGGCAACGAGUCUGCUACAAGAGACCCAUCGCAUACUACUUGAAGACGUCCCUCUCGGAGAUGGCCGCACGAAACCUGGUAUAUUCAGUAACCAAAGGCGGUUUACCAAUUUUGAAGGAGAGUGGUACGAAUAUCCAUAUCUCCCAGAAGCUGAGCACAUGGAAAAUGCCGUUACCCGUUUGCUUGAUGGCUGCAAUAAACGAUUUGAUUUGUGCACCAAACAUGGUCUGAAAGACUUUGACGACUUUUACUUUCUAUUCAAAACAUGUGGGUGGCUUUUAUUUGAACUUCUUGAUCUUCACCCAUUUGGGGAGGGAAAUGGAAGGCUUUGCAGGAUUUUAAGUAGUUAUUUGCUGUCAACUUUUUCACCCUUCCCAACUCCAGUGUACAAUGUGUGGACUGAUUCGACCAAAUAUGAUUAUCAAAAGGCACUCUAUGAUACGAGAAACACAGAUGAAAGACAUCCGACUGCCUUAACCACCAUGAUAAUCGAGUGUAGCUACCAUGGAUGGAAGCAUUUUUUUCAAAGACUAGAAGAGAAAAGAAGGUUAAGAGAAAACAAAUAAAAGCUACCACCCAACUUUUAGUCGAGUUGUCUCAAAGAAGAUGCCAAAAAGUAGAAAUUUGAUGCAUUUUGGAGUAAGCUUGAUUUUUGUAAAAGCAUUAAGCCGCUGCACUUCAGUGCUGUAUCUCGGUCUUAAACUGAACAACAAUAAGUUAUUUUGAUAUUGUGGUACCUAACCAGGGGUUCUGAAAGAAGGAAGUUUUUGAGUUAAAUUUUAAAUCAUUUCCGUACAUGUAAU